UUGGUGUUUCCCUGCUCUUUCUGCCGAGUACUUUUCGAUGGUUGUGAGGCUUUAUUUCUUGGAGAUCAAAGGGAUCGUCUUAGCGUCUCUAGGCAGAAAUAACUCGUCGCCUUCUCUCCCAGGCGUGUAGUUUGAGCCGUAAACGUUGUACACGUCGGCGCUUGAGGAGUAUAUUUGAUAAUGGGAUCUUUGUGAACUUAGGCCAAUGGAGGACGACACAAAUGCCAAAAAAGAAGAGGAGGAAUUCAAUACAGGACCUCUCUCUGUUCUGAUGAUGAGUGUAAAAAAUAAUACACAGGUGCUUAUCAAUUGCAGGAACAACAAGAAGCUACUUGGCCGUGUGAGAGCUUUUGAUCGUCACUGUAACAUGGUCCUUGAAAAUGUUAGGGAAAUGUGGACUGAGAUACCCAAGACAGGCAAGGGAAAGAAGAAAGCACUUCCAGUCAACAAGGAUCGAUUCAUCAGUAAAAUGUUCGUUCGAGGGGAUUCAGUCAUCAUUGUACUCAGGAAUCCCAAGUGAGCCUUCUCAGCUUAAAUGCCAUUUCAUGGAGGCACUGAUAUGCCAUGAACUGUUAUCUUGUUUUGGGACUGGCUAGAAGAUACAUCAGUCUUUAUCAUGUUGAACUUUGUUUCUUUUGAAUACAAUGGUUAGAAUUGAUGAGUA